AAUUAACAAAAUAUAGAGAGAGAGAGAGAAAAGGAGAAAAAGGAAGAGGAGUCUUGUGGAAGUUGGAAAUUGGAAGCGAACAUGAAUGGGGGAUGAGAAUAUGCCGUUUUGCGAUGCCAAAGCCAAACCGCUCUGAGAAAUCCAAUUUCCUUCUCUUAAAAGCUCACAUGCUCCCCCCUUUCCAUUUCUCCUUCUCGUAUCUCUUCUUCCCUCGUUCAGGUAUCUCUCUCUCUCUCCCCUCUCUAGUUUACAUCUUUCUGCAUUAUAUAUUCAAUUGGAGGUUGCUUCUUUGAACUGGAAACUGGAGCUGGAAAGAUUGGCUUCUUUUAAGCAGUAAUUUGACUCAAGGUUGGAGAGCUUUUACUUAGGCUGGUUGUGCAACCAACUGGGUUCAGUUCAUCUGCAAGUAUUUGAAGCAAGUGAUUUAACGUGAACAGCUGUAGAAGUGGUUGAUGGGCUCCAAUUAGUAGUCUCUUGGUUUACUGGAUAUUCUCAAAAUGGAGAGGGUCAGGAUGAUUCUGACUCCUGCAUAUCCAUAUCCACAUGAACAUUCACGUCAUGCUAUAAUUGCAGUAGUGGUGGGGUGUUUAUUCUUUAUAUCAUCUGAUAACAUGCAUACACUUAUACAGAAGUUAGACAACAAUAUCAAAUGGUGGUCAAUGUACACAUGUUUACUUGGUUUUUUCUACUUCUUUUCAUCUCCAUUUAUAGGGAAGACAAUUAAACCAAGCUAUUCAAACUUCAGUAGGUGGUACAUAGUUUGGAUCUUAAUUGCAGCUCUAUAUCAUCUUCCAAGUUUUCAAUCAAUGGGAGUGGAUAUGAGGAUGAAUCUCUCUCUAUUCUUGACAAUAUAUGUCUCAUCUAUUCUGUUUCUUCUUGUUUUCCAUAUUUUAUUUCUUGGCCUCUGGUAUAUUGGAUUCGUUGCUCGUGUGGCGGGAAAACAGCCAGAAAUCUUGGCCAUUAUCCAAAAUUGUGUAGUGAUAAGUAUAGCCUGUUGUGUAUUUUAUAGCCACUGUGGCAACCGUGCUAUUUUGAGAGAGAAAACUUUUGUAAGGAAAAAUUCUAGUUGGUUUUCUUUUUGGAAGAAAGAAGAGAGAAAUACAUGGCUGGCAAAGUUCCUCCGUAUGAAUGAGUUGAAGGAUCAGGUUUGCUCAUCUUGGUUUGCUCCAGUUGGUUCUGCCAGUGAUUACCCGUUUUUGUCCAAGUGGGUUAUCUAUGGGGAGUUAGCUUGCAAUGGGUCAUGUGCUGGUCCUUCAGAUGAAAUCUCUCCCAUAUAUUCAUUGUGGGCUACAUUUAUAGGUUUAUACAUUGCCAAUUAUGUGGUGGAACGAUCUACAGGAUGGACUCUUACUCAUCCUGUGUCAGUUGAGGAAUAUGAGAAAUUGAAGAAGAAGCAAUUAAAACCUGAUUUCUUGGAUAUGGUUCCUUGGUAUUCGGGGACGUCUACUGAUCUCUUCAAGACAGUUUUUGACCUUCUGGUAUCUGUAACUGUAUUUGUUGGUCGUUUUGAUAUGCGUAUGAUGCAGGCUGCAAUGAGCAAGGUUGAACAUGGUGUUGAAGAAGGCGAUCUUUUAUAUGAUCAUUUUAGUGAAAAGGAAGAUAUUUGGUUUGACUUUAUGGCUGAUACAGGAGAUGGUGGAAACUCAUCCUAUGCUAUUGCUCGACUACUUGCCCAGCCUUCUCUUCGUCUCUAUAAUGAUGAAUCUGUGCUUGUCCUACCACGUGGAGACUUGCUUCUUAUUGGAGGGGAUCUUGCAUACCCUAAUCCUUCUGCAUUUACUUAUGAGAAGCGUCUUUUUCGCCCUUUUGAGUAUGCUCUCCAGUCGCCAUCUUGGUAUAAACCAGAGCAUAUAGCUGUAAACAAGCCAGAAUUACCUUGUUCAGCGUCUCAACUGAAGUGCUAUGAGGGACCUCAGUGUUUUAUUAUUCCUGGAAACCACGAUUGGUUUGAUGGACUUCAUACUUUUAUGAGGUAUAUAUGCCAUAAAAGUUGGUUGGGUGGGUGGUUUUUACCCCAGAGAAAAAGUUAUUUUGCUUUGCAGCUUCCAAAAGGAUGGUGGAUAUUUGGUCUUGACCAAGCUCUUCAUUGUGACAUUGAUGUGUACCAAUUCAAAUUCUUCUCUGAACUAACAAAAGAAAAGGUUCAAGAGGACGACUCUGUGAUUAUUAUGACACAUGAGCCCAAUUGGCUUCAUGAUUGGUACUGGAAUGAUAUCUCUGGUAAGAAUGUCUCUCACUUAAUACGUGAUUAUCUGAAGGGGAGGUGUAAGCUUCGAAUGGCUGGGGACCUUCAUCAUUACAUGCGCCAUUCGGUUGUUUCAUCAGAUAAGCCUGUUUAUGUACAGCAUCUGCUUGUCAAUGGUUGUGGUGGGGCUUUCUUACAUCCUACUCAUGUAUUUAGCAACUUUAACAAAUUCUGUGGAGCGUCCUAUGAAUGCAAAGCUGCAUAUCCUUCUUUUGAAGAUUCUAGCAGGAUUGCGCUGGGGAAUAUUUUGAAAUUCCGCAAGAAAAACUGGCAAUUUGACUUCAUUGGUGGCAUCAUAUACUUUCUAUUAGUCUUUUCUAUGUUCCCACAGUGUAGGCUUGACCACAUUUUGCAGGAGGAUUCUUUUUCUGGUCACCUGAAGAGUUUCUUUAGGACAGUUUGGCAAGCAUUUAUGUACAUGUUGGAACACUCAUAUGUGUCUUCAACAGGAACCCUGCUAUUAUUGUUGGUGGCAUUUUUUUUUGUUCCAUCAAAAAUGUCAAGGAAGAAACGGGUUAUAAUUGGGAUUCUUCAUGUUUCUGCACACAUGGCUGCAGCUCUCAUUCUCAUGUUGUUGUUGGAAUUGGGUAUUGAAACAUGCAUCCGCCAUCGGCUCUUAGCAACUUCAGGAUAUCACACAUUGUAUGAAUGGUACCGUUCAGUUGAGAGUGAGCACUUUCCAGACCCAACUGACCUCCGGGCUCGUAUAGAACAAUGGACAUUUGGCCUUUACCCAGCAUGUAUAAAGUAUUUGAUGUCAGCAUUUGAUGUUCCAGAGGUCAUGGCUGUCACCAGGAGCACCAUCUGCAAGCAGGGGAUGGAAUCACUGUCACGUGGGGGUGCCAUCAUCUACUAUGCAUCUGUUUUCCUUUAUUUCUGGGUCUUCUCAACUCCUGUGGUCUCCUUAGUGUUUGGCAGCUAUUUGUACAUCUGCAUUAAUUGGCUCCACAUUCACUUCGAUGAAGCCUUCUCAUCACUUCGAAUUGCAAAUUAUAAGGCCUUCACCCGUUGCCACAUCACACCUGAAGGUGACCUUGAAGUCUUCACUCUUGCAGUUGAUAAGGUUCCUAAGGAAUGGAAACUUGACCCUGACUGGGAUCGAGAGCCAAAACAACCACAGAGCUAUCUGAGGAAGUUCCCUAGCAAAUGGUGUGCAGCUGCUUUGCCACAAGACCCAGUUUCUACUGUUAGAAUUGUUGACCAUUUUAUUAUUCAAAAAACAACUCCUGCGUCUCCUGUCUCGAAAACAAAUUGAUUAGCACUUAUAUUCGAUCACUGUGUCAUUCACAUCUGUAACAUCUUUGUAACUAUUCAUUCCUUAAUAGUGAAAAGAGGUAAGUUCAGAGAACAUAAGGGUUUCAUAAUUGAA